CUUCCGUCACUUCGAGCUUCUUCGACCAACAGCGGGCUGAGCACCUGAUGCAACAGCAGACCUUCAGACCGAAUCUCAGCAUCAAUUUCCUCAGUGUUUCACACCAUCAAUUGCUCCCUGUCAAGGAUACAUUGACAAUCAAUUGGAAAACCACAACAUACCUACUGGACCGCUGGUACAAUGGCUACGCCUACGCCCGCAACCGGCGCAUCGACGCCACAGGUCGAGCUCGACCCGGAGGAGACAGCCAAGAGCCUCAAGGUGUCGCUCGCCGACCGUGCAGCCAAGGCGGCGGCUCUCUACGCGCACAAGCAAUAUGAGGAGGCUGCCGAAGUCUACGCCCAGGCCGCCGAAAUGCAGGCUGAGAUGAACGGCGAGAUGGACCCCGAGAACGCCGAGAUCCUUUUUCUCUACGGCCGUGCUCUGUUUAAGGUCGGUCAGAGUAAGAGUGACGUUCUCGGCGGCAAGGCGCCCGAGUCCAAGAAACCGGCCAAAAUGAAGCCUCCGAAGGCAGCCAAGUCCGCCAACGGGAGCAGUCCGGCUACAGCGGAGAAGAAGAACGACACAACUGAGGUCGCCGGCUCGUCGGCUGCUGCAAUUGCCGAGGCAGAGAGCAAACUAGACGAGGUUGUUGCGGAGGCCGCCUCCAAGGAGGAGGAGGCGCCGAAGCCCGAGCAGAAGAAGCCGCUUUUCCAGUUCGAGGGCGACGACAACUUUGUCGACUCCGAACAGGAAGAUGGAGCUGAGGAGGGUGAGGGCGAUGAGGAAGAAGAGGAGGAGGAUGACCUUGCUGUUGCCUUUGAGGUUCUCGACCUCGCGCGCGUCCUCUUCAACAAGCGUCUCGAAGCGACACAGGCAGAGGACGAGGCACAGCAAGGCAAGGGGAAAGAGGCUGCCGAGGACGGUGACUCUGCCGUGGCCAAGCACAUCAAGGAACGACUCGCCGAUACGCACGAUCUCCUCGCGGAAAUCUCGCUCGAGAACGAGAGGUACCAUAACGCCAUCACUGACUCGCGCGCCUCGCUCAAGUACAAAGAGCAGCUGUACCCCUUCGAAUCCGAAGUUAUCGCGGAAGCGCACUUCAAGCUUUCGCUGGCCCUCGAAUUCGCCUCGGUAACCAAGUCAUCCGAAGACGACGACAAGGAAGCCGGCGGCGGCAGCGGUGACGAUAAGAUCGACCAAGCACUCCGCGACGAGGCCGCAGCCGAGCUCGAGGCAGCCAUCAACAGCACCAAGCAGAAGCUUCAAAACAAGGAAGUCGAGCUGGCGACGCUCCACGACCCGGAGGACAACGAGGCCUCGCGGCGGCAGAUCGCCGACGUGAAGGAGGUGCUCGCCGACAUGGAGCAGCGGCUGGUCGACCUGCGCAAGCCGCCGGUCGAUAUCAACGCCGCCCUCGGGAUCCCCGCCUCCGCACAGCAGCAGAUUCCCAAGGUCUUGCCGGACGAGGUGAAGAACAAUGCUACCGACUUGACCGGUCUGGUUAGGAAGAAGCGCAAGGCUGAGGAGAAGCCUGCUGAGGAGCAGGAGAUCGAAGCCAAGAAGGCCCGGGAAGAUGGUGAUGCGAAGAUGACCUAGGUGGGGUCGUGUGUGCUUGCUUAUGCUCUUACUUGAGCUUGAUAGCUGACUUUCAGCUACGCAUGAAGCCCUGGUAAUGAGUUUGGUGUUGUUGGCUUGAUGGAAAAGGAAGUCCCAACUGGCAUCUGGAAGGCAUCGAUGUACUAGUAUGUAUUCAUUUUCCUGUUCCCGUCUCUGUUCUCAGAGUCUCUGUUCGGGGCGGCGUACUUUACGGGUUGGGAUGUCUUUAAGAGCAAAAUGGUCGGUUCUGGGAUAGGGGCGCAAGGACGAUGUGAGUUACAGACACAGAAAAAUACAACUAAUCAGACAGAUGAUUGUUGUUGUGCCUUUUUGCCUUCGACCGGUGGCACUUCCCGGGUAUUAGUAACUGCUAUCCUAUCUAUCCGUUUCUGAGAUGCUCUCGCCUGUGCU